CCAUCGCAGGCCUGUGAUAUGUUUCUAGUUGUUUUCUUUUGUGAAAAACUAUUGGAACACUUUUAAGUCCAAGAAUCGAAAAGUCCUUAAUUUUAUGGUUGUUGUUGGUGAAAUGUGUAUCAUGAUUAUAAUAAAUUAUACAUGUCAUGAGGCAUACACACCUUAACAAUCGUUUUAUAUUUUUCUGAUGUAUUUGCAUAUAGCAAAUGUGGCGUAACUAAAAGUAAUGAUCGCGGCAAGAUGGCGCUCAACUAGCACAUAGGCAAAUAGAAAUAAAACGCGCACGUCGUAUCUAGUCAAUUAUAGGGUAUAUACGAUUUUACUAAUGCGCAGGUUAUGUGGUAAUAGAUACGUACAGUGAGUUGUAGCGGCAUUUUUAUGCUGUGUAAGUGCGUAAUUAAUUUUGAAGAGCAAUAGAUAUGGGUGAUGAAAGUACAAUUAAUAAAGGAAAAGAUAAAAGAAAAUUGAAAAGUAAAGUGAGUCAAGAUUUAUCUGAAUCUGAGCAACCAGAUUUUACUACCAGCGAUGAAGCUUCUGGGAAUUCGGUACGUGUAUCAACAAAAUGUAUUGAACAAAACCUAUUUUCAACAAGAUCAGACAGGAAUGAUGCAGAAACAAACUCACAACAUCCAUGUGCUAGGCAUCAGAUGAAGAAAGAUGGUACUGGCAUUGGUGUUGGAAAUCAUGAAGAUAAUGACACUGAUGAUAAAUCAACUUGUUCUGAAACUAGUGAGAGUUCUUAUAGUACUUUAAAUGAGAAAUGCCUACAAGAACUAAAAAUUGGAAAACAAGAAGACAUUGAUUGUCAGAACAGCCCAGAUUCUAGUCAACAGAAUGCUUCAUGUUUAAUCCCAGAUUUGUCAAAUAGUACUAGUGAGGCAUCUGAGAACAUUUCAAAACUAAAAUCCAUAGAAACAGUAGAGAAAGAUGAAAAAGAAAAUGGAAUUGAAUGUGAAAGAAAACAUAAAAGACCCAAAGUUCCAGUUGCUUGUACAGAUGACAAAGGUGAUGAAGAUCAUGCAGCCUCCAAAGUAGAUGAGCCGUCUGAAACAAAUGAUGUGGAUGAUGAUGAGAUUUAUGAUCCCACACCACAUACACCAAAACCUAAACACAAGUGGUUUAUAUGCAAAGAAGCAAUUGCACGGCAAUAUGGAACCUCAAACUACUACUCAAAUGAUCUCUUCCGUCUUCAGUGUGGUGGCAGCUUGCACAUGGUAGAACGGCUGGAGUUGAUGUAUAUGAUGAAUAACCAUAAUGGAUGUGUUAAUUCUCUUCAUUUUAAUAGCACUGGAACCAGAUUAGCAAGUGGAUCUGAUGACUUGAGUGUUGUUAUAUGGGACUGGACUGCAUCGGAGGCUAUUUUAAAGUACAAAAGUGGACAUAAAAGUAAUGUUUUUCAGGCAAAAUUUAUGCCCCUUAGUGGAGAUAGCCACCUAGUCAGUUGUUCUCGUGAUGGGCAGGUCCGUCUCGCAGAACUUUCAGCUACAGGCGUGUGCAAAGAAACUAGAAAGUUGGCUCAACAUAAAGAUGCAGCACAUAAGCUUGCAUUAGAAACAAACACUCCUCAUACAUUUUUAAGCUGUGGAGAGGACAGUGCUGUUUUUCAGAUUGACCUAAGGGAAGAGAAACCAAAAAGCUUAGUUGAGUGCAAGGAAAAUGAUAAGAAGGUCCCUUUGUACACAGUUUUCUCCAAUCCGAUGAACAGCUAUGAAUUUGGAAUUGGUGGAACUGAUCAUUUUGUGCGUAUUUAUGACAAGAGAAAUAUACGUGAAGAUAUUCCCAUGAAAAAGUUUAGCCCACGCCACUUAAUUGAUAGUGAUCUUCAUGCCAAUGUAACCUGCUUGGUGUACAACUACAAUGGUUCAGAAAUUUUAGCUACUUACAAUGAUGAAGAUAUCUACAUUUUUGAUACAAGUCAGUCUGAUGGAGCAGAAUAUAUCCAUAGAUACCAAGGACAUAGGAACAGUGAAACAGUUAAAGGAGUCAACUACUUUGGCCUAAAAAGCGAAUUUAUUGUGAGUGGCAGUGAUUGUGGGUACAUUUACUUUUGGGAAAAAGAAUCGGAGCAUAUCGUGCAAUGUUUACUUGGAGAUGAAGGUGGUGUGGUCAAUUGUCUUGAACCACAUCCUAACUGUCCAGUAAUGGCCACCAGUGGUCUAGAUAUUGAUGUUAAGAUUUGGGUUCCUUCAUGUGAGCAUCCACCUGAUCUUUCAGGAUUAAAGUCUAAAAUAUCUAAGAACUUAAAAGAACGUGACUAUGAUAGAAAACAUGAUGAUUCAGAUACUUACGACAGUGAAAUGCUGUGGUUCCUGAUGCAACAUUUUCGUCGAACUCCUCGAAGAAGGGAAAGGGUAGAAAAUUUAGGAGAUUCACAUCCAAGCAGCAGUAAUGAAGAAAGCGACGAUGAAGAUACCGAUCCACAAAAUCCUAUUCAGUGUACUCAAACUUGAAGUAUUGGGAUAAUAGCAAAAUUACUUGAUGCUAUAUAUUUUAGUGAUAGAUCUUCCUAUGUGCUUUAUACUUUGAGAGGCAGUCAAUUCAGUGUUUUUAGUUUCUGAAAGUCCUAAUGUCUAAUAGUAAGGAAGACAUAUGGAAAAAGUGAAAUUAGUCUUUCUUUUAACUUCAAAGUUAAUAUAAAGUAAUAGUGUGCAACAGGCAGGCAUGAGUUACCUAGCAUAAAAAAAAACAUGUUUGUAAUGCCAUGGUUUAUGUUAACAUUGGUCAUUGCACUUAAUAAUACAAUGGACAAUGUUAUUGGUAAAGAAUAUAAACAAACAAAAAAUCCUUCUAUUUCACUUGAACUGGUGAUAAACAAAACAGCUUUUUUUCACAUGUAUCCUUUAUAGAUUUACUUGUGUUAAAUCAUUUAUUUUUUUUAAAUUGAAUAUGCAUAAUGUGUCUUUUAUAUCGAGUUGAAGCUACCAUUUAUUAAAAUAUAAUGAAAAAAAAUAAAUCUUGGGUUUUUCUUUCAAGUUUUAUCUUGUAAGAAUAAUAUUGUUGGGAUGACACGUCAUGUAAAUUCUUUGUAAUAUUUUAUACUUACUUAGCAAGAAUUACUUAUGUGAAAAUAUAUUUACCGCAUACUUUUAAAUACUGAAGCAUUCAAGUAUGAACAUGUGUAUUUCCUAGUCCAAGAUGGUUAGAACUAGUUACGGAUCCAAGAUUGGGACAAAUCAUAGAAAAGGCACUUACAAAUAAUGAAUAGUCAAUAUAUAUAUAUAUAUAUAUAUAUAUAUAUUUAAUACAUGACACUUUUGAAGGAGGCUAUGGAAGAACUUAACUCUCCUACUUGAAUGUAUGAAAACAAUUUACAUUAAUUAUUAUUAUUCAACCAUGUACAUACAGGACAUGUAAUAGUUUUUCAUUAGCAUUAUUGUUAUGAAAUUAAUACAAGGAAAUAAAUAGUUCUGCAAAGUAAAAUAUCUUUAGAACAACAUUCUAGUCAGUAAAGACUGUUACAAAUGCAUGUAGUAUGUUUGAUAAUUAAAAUAUAUUUGUUGAAAAUAAUAACUUCUUUUAAUGAAAAAAUUAUUCAGAAAUUGUAUAAAGACCAUUUAAUUGCAGAACUUGUAUAAUUAAAAACACUCCUUUACAUGAAGUUCGCAUAAGACUUCGUAACUGGCAGGAAAAUAACUGGAAAACAUGAAUUUGUAAUUUUCUAUUUCAAAAAAAUCCACUAAAAUGGUAUUUCUUUUUUUUAAUCCAUAAGCAACCAAAAAAUAUUAUGGUACAUUUGCACUGUAUAAUUAAAUAUAUUAAUUUUGUAUUUGAAAAUUUUUAGCAAGUAGACAGAAUGUUUUAACAAGAAUAAGAGAAAGUUAACUUAUGCCUGCUCAAUUUUUAUGAGAUCAAAUCCUUGAGGGAUUAUUUCAUAGUGAUUAAAAGUGCAUCUUAACAUUGUAUCUCCUAUAUUUUGGAUUGUUAUGUAUAGUACAUAAUUCAGUUGUGAUUUAGUGUGUGUGUGUGAACAUGUUUAUUAAUAUAGAAAGUAUUUCUUUUUGAAUGAUUGGUCAGUUAAAAAAAAAAAGUUUGUGUUCAAAACUAUGAAACAGUCAAUCAAAUAUAUAACUAUUUUUACUAUAGUUUAUAUUUUAAAAGAACUUUUGUAAAGAAAAUAUUAACAAAAAUUAAUUGCAGUUUCUCAACUGUAAUGUGAAAAAUUAUUUUUGUAACUGAUAGUGGAAGAUAUUUGAAAACUUCUACAUGUAUCAAAAAUGUAUCUCUAACAUAAACAAAGUAGUUUAAAUUAAACUACAUACGAGAAUUUAUCCCUUUUUAUCUCUUCCAAAACACUUAUUGUAGCAAGCUUCUAUAAAUAAAAGCUUUGGUGUCAUCA